UCACCAGAAACCAUGGGUCUCCUGCAAGUUUUUACCUCACACGCUCCCGCUAUCCAAUUACAGAUAGUCCAAAGAUGCAGCCUCUUCUAACACUUUUCAACGUAGAGCACUGGGAACCCCUCUCGACUGGCCAGAGGCCAAGAAGAGUGCGGAUCAGGUCCGCGAGUGGGGUAUCAAGGUUCGAGCGCCUCUCUCUGUCUCUUUGCCUCUCGCUAUGAAACAACUUCACACGAGGCUGUUGUCGAUGCUCGGGGUCAUGAAAGUAUUGCUGACCUGAGCCUGUUUUGGUUGGAUUAGCAACUCCUAGAGAUAUGGAACAAGGCCAAGAGCAAAGAGCGCGAUGCUAUGCUCUGGGGUGAUGAGGUCGAGUACUUGGUCGUGACCUACUCAAAGGAUGAGCCCAAGGUCCGUCUGUCUCUUAGACAAGCCGAGAUUCUCACAGCACUCGCCGAGAGCCCGGAUCUCGCAAAGGAGGGAGGCUGCGUACCAGAGCUCCAGGAAGUCGCCAGGGAACAGUCGUCAGUAACCCUCCCCGUCUUCCACCCGGAAUUCGGUCGCUUCAUGCUCGAAGCUACACCCGGCAAACCCUGGGGCAUCGGCUUCAAGGAGCUCCUCGACGUAGAGCCCGACAUGAAGCUCCGCCGCAAGAUCGCAAAGGACCACAUGCAUAGCAACGAGUACCCCAUCACCCUCACAACCUUCCCCCGCAUCGGCUGCCCGGGCGACUUCACGGAACCCUACUACCCUCCCUCGGGCCCCAAACUCCGCUCCCAGUUCGUGCCCGACGAGAUCGCCAACCCGCACAUUCGCUUCCCCACCCUCGCCGCCAACAUCCGCUGGCGCCGCGGCCGCAAAGUCCAGGUCAACGUGCCCGUCUUCCACGACACCAACACGCCCAACCCCUGGAAGGAUCCCACCGUCAACCGCGACCUGCACAACUGGCCCGAGGACGACGACGUCCGCGACGGCGGCGCCGCCCCGGACAACUUUAUCCACAUGGAUGCCAUGGCGUUCGGCAUGGGCAGCUGCUGUCUGCAGAUUACCUUCCAGGCCAAGAACAUCACCGAGGGCCGCAAGAUGUACGACCAGCUCAGCCCGCUGGGGCCCAUCAUGCUCGCCCUGACGGCGGCCACGCCCGUGUAUAAGGGAUUCUUGGCCAAUACCGACGUGAGGUGGAAUCAGAUCAGCCGGGCCGUGGACUGCCGAACCCCUGAGGAACUCGGAGAAAAGCCCCUGAAAAACGAUCGCUGGCGCAUCCCCAAAUCCCGUUACGCCUCAAACUCAACCUACAUCUCCACAGACCCGCGCCUCCGCCAGGAGUACCUCGACCCGAACCUCGUCAUCGACGAGUCCAUCAAAUCCAAACUCAUGGACGGCGGCAUGGAUGACCGCCUCGCCACCCACUUUGCCCAUCUCUUCAUCCGCGACCCCAUCGUCGUCUUCGAGGAAGACCUCCAGGAGCUCGACCUCUCCAAGACGGACCACUUCGAGAACCUCCAGUCCACAAACUGGCAGCACAUGCGCUUCAAACCACCUCCGGCCGACAACUCCAUCGGCUGGCGCGUCGAGUUCCGCCCCAUGGAGAUCCAGCUCACCGACUUCGAAAACGCCGCUUUCUCGGUGUUCAUGGUCCUCGUCACCCGCGCCAUCCUCUCGUUCGACCUCAACUUUUACAUUCCCAUCACCAAAGUCGACGAGAACAUGGAGCGCGCACACGCCGUCGACGCAGUCCUCAAGGAGAAGUUCUUCUUCCGCAGAAACCCCUUCCCCGGCCGCCAGGUCCGCGUCAACAACUUCAUCCAGGGCGACGACACCGCCACUGCGAGCAGACCAGGCUCCCGCCCCGGCUCAGCAGUCCCAAGCCGCCCGCCAACCCCCGUCGGCCCCGUCGAAGACGAAUACGCGGAAAUGACAGUCAACGACAUCAUCAACGGCAACCCGGACUCCUCGGACAGCUUCCCGGGCCUGAUCCCCCUCGUAGAAUCCUACCUCGACAGCGUAAACGUCGACGUCCAAACCCGCUGCGAACUCGACACCUACCUCCGCCUCAUCAGCCAGCGCGCCUCGGGCCAGCUCGACACCGCCGCCCGCUGGCUCCGCAACCUCGUCGACGUCCACCCGGGCUACCACCACGACAGCGUCGUGGGCGAGGACGUGCAAAAGGACAUCAUCGCCGCCGUCGUCGCCAUCGGCGAGCGCGAGACGGCCGGAGCCGGGUUCGAGGGGUUGGAUAUCCACGGCCUGCCGAAGCUGCUCGGGAACUUCCGCCGGGGCUGCGGCGGCAGCGGAGAGCAGCAGCAGUUGCAGCAGCCGGAGGUCUCCGCGAGGAAGAGGAAGGCUUCUGAACAGGCUUAGAUGCGGUGGCCACGUACGUAGGUCGGUACGUAGGGCGGUUUGGAUCACUAGCACUAUGGAGGCAUGUAGACACUAUCACGACCGAGGCAUUGGGUCCCAAAAAGCAAAGACAUCCCGAGGUCCAGGGGGUCAAGAAAGGGAAUUGGGGGGGAAGCAGAGUAGGGUCUCGACGCCAUCAGCCACAUGGAAGCUCGCAUGCGGCGGCGACUUGGAUAGGAUGCUCGUGCACGUAAUGAACUCAUAGACUCAAAAAGCAUAUAACAAGACAGCAAUGGCAAGUCCAACCAUGACG